AUGACGGACAGUACCAGUGCCAACAACAGUGCUUCAGUGCUUCAGGAUAACAGUGCUUCAGUUGAUCGGAUUUCAGUUAAAAUCCCACCGUUUUGGCCCAACGAUCUUGAAAUUUGGUUCCUGCAAGUGGAAAACCAAUUUGCACUUGUAAACAUAACAAGUGACGCAGCAAAAUUUAACUACAUAGUUGCUAAUCUCGAAACAGUGUACAUAUCAGAACUUAGGGACACCAUUGUGUCACCACCAGCAACAGAGAGACUACUUAAGCAUGAAGAACUGGGCGAUCGACGACCUUCUCAAUUUUUACGACAUUUACAGUCUUUAGCAGGCACAACAGUACCAGAUAAUAUUGUAAGAUCUCUGUGGUUAGGUAGACUGCCAUCGUCUACACAGGCUAUCCUAGCUGCUCAAGCUAAAGCUAGUUUGGACGCAGUUGCCGAGCUAGCUGACACAAUCUCCGAAGCUAUAGCUCCUGGCGUCCAUAUUUCAGGAGCUUCCAACGCGCGCGAAAGUACCAUCGAUAAAUUGACAGCCGAAUUAGCUGAAAUGAAAAUUCAGCUAGCUAAUUUGUCGCAGGCUCAAGCACAACCCAAUACAUACCGUCGUAACCGCAGCAACUCAAGAGGCAGACCUUAUCCUAGAGACAGGAGCUACAGCAGGGAACUACAUGACAAAACGUUCACCUCAGUCUCUAGCCGGAGUGGAGGAUGGAUAGCAAUGCUCACCUCAAACAUCGGCCCAAACAAAGACUGGACAAGGAUCACCUCAGAGAAAUCGACCAAAACGCCUCAGACCACAAAGCUUCGCGGAAACCGCCAUGGCACACCUUAG